AUGCGUAUCGCAUUUGCAGUUUUUCUGCUUUUCAUUGCUUACGUUGCUAGUUAUCCAUCACUUCGUGAAGAAGCAAAUGAUAAUGAUGAAGGUGACAAUGAUCUUGAAUUAGAACUUCGUUCAAUUUUAAAUUAUCUUACUGAUGAAAAAUAUGAUGAGGAACAAAUGAAACGAUCUCUUGCAACAGAUGAAAGUAGUGAAGAUAGUGAAUCUGAUGAUGAUAACUUAUUUAGCAAACGACAAGGUGGUCACAGCGUUGUUGAUUCACAAAGCAAAUGUGAAAUUCAAUGUAUUCAUGCACAACGAAAUCCAAAGUUUGGUAAAGGCAAAACAGUUAAAGAAGCAGCUAAAGCUUGUAAAAAGAGAUGUCCCAAUCCAAACAGGACAGGUGGUGGAAAUAAAAAAAAUACAUCAGGAACAGCUAAAGGUAAAUAUAAAAGUUUACGUCAAAUUGAUGAUGAUGAUAGCAGUGAAGAACAACAAAAUCAACGUCGUGAAUUUUAUGAUUAUCUUAUGGAACAACUUCAACGAAAUGAUAAUGAAUAA